AGGCCACGCGAACGUUUCCGGCAGGCGGGACUCCCUCCCCUCACAUCCGGCCUCGUGGUGCUUGCGCUUGGAGGAGAAAGCGGCGUGUGCUGCCUUGGAGCUUCCCGUUCCCAGUUCCCGCGCGCGCGCCUUUCUUGCCCGGUUCCUGCCGCCCCGGCGGCUCAGCCUCUCUCCCGGGAAAAGCUUUAGGGGCUCUGGCCCCGACCUGUUGCUGCCGCUGCUAUGCUAGUCUUAUUCGAGACCGCGGCUGGCUACGCCAUUUUCAAGGUUCUGGAUGAGAAGAAGCUCCAAGAAGUUGAUAGUUUAUGGAAAGAGUUUGAAACUCCUGAAAAAGCUAAUAAAAUAGUGAAACUGAAACACUUUGAGAAGUUCCAAGACACAACAGAAGCUCUUGCAGCAUCCACAGCUCUGGUGGAAGGCAAGAUUAGCAAGAACUUAAAGAAAAUUUUAAAGAAGAUAGUAUCCAAAGAUGCUCAUGAACAGUUAGCUGUAGCAGAUGCCAAACUGGGAGGUGUAAUAAAGGACAAAUUGAACUUAAGUUGCAUCCACAGUCCCAUGGUUACUGAACUGAUGAGAGGCAUUCGUACUCAAAUUGAAGGGCUUAUCACUGGCCUCCCAUCACGUGAGAUGGCAGCAAUGUGUUUAGGAUUGGCACACAGCCUCUCCCGAUACAAACUGAAGUUUAGCCCAGACAAAGUUGAUACAAUGAUUGUCCAAGCAAUCUCCCUUCUGGAUGACUUGGACAAAGAACUGAAUAACUAUAUAAUGCGCUGUAGAGAAUGGUAUGGUUGGCACUUUCCUGAACUGGGCAAAAUUGUCACAGAUAAUCUAACCUACUGUAAAUGUGUAAAGAAAAUCGGAGACAGAAAAAACUUUGCUAGUUCUGAUCUGUCUGAGACCCUACCUGAAGAAGUUGAAGAGGAAGUAAAAGCAGCUGCUGAAAUCUCCAUGGGGACUGAGGUGUCAGAAGAAGAUAUAUUCAACAUACAGCAUCUCUGUGACCAGGUGAUCGAGAUCUCAGACUAUCGAGCACAGCUAUAUGACUAUCUGAAGAACAGGAUGAUGGCCAUUGCACCUAACCUCACAGUUAUGGUGGGCGAGCUGGUAGGAGCAAGACUGAUUGCUCAUGCAGGCUCUCUGUUAAAUCUAGCGAAGCAUCCAGCUUCAACUGUGCAGAUUUUGGGUGCUGAAAAAGCUCUCUUUAGAGCAUUGAAGACUAAGCGUGACACUCCCAAGUUUGGUCUGAUUUAUCAUGCUUCUCUUGUGGGACAAACAUCAGCCAAGAACAAAGGAAAGAUCUCACGAAUGUUAGCAGCUAAAACAGCCUUGACGAUUCGUUAUGAUGCACUUGGAGAGAGCUCCAGUGCCGAGAUGGGAGCGGAGAACAGACUGAAAGUGGAAACCAGGCUAAGGCACUUGGAGGAGAAAGGGAUAAGACGAAUAAGUGGCACAGGGAAAGCCCUGGCCAGGGCCGACAAAUAUCAGUACAAGAGUGAAGUGAAGACGUAUGACCCUUCUGGGGAAUCUACCCUCCCUUUGGUUCCAAAGAAGCGCAAAAUUGAAGUGGAAGAAGGAGAGGAGACUGUUCCAGUAAAAGCCAAGAAGGCGAAAAUAGUAGAAAUCAAAGAAGAAGAAGAAGAGGAAGAAGAAGAGCAGGAGGAGGAUGAGCCUGUGAAGAAGAAGAAGAAAAAGGAGAAAAAGAAAGUUCAAGAAGUAGUGGUUUGGGUAGAGGAAGAGGAAGAACCACCAUCAACUAGCGCAGCUGUGGAGAAUACAGAGAAGAAGAAGAAGAAAAAGAAGAAAAUAAAAGUAGAACCAGAAGAUGACUAAGUGAAGCAAUGCACAGUCUAUUUGAACAGCAUACAUCUGGUUUCUGGGACACUUGCUUAUAAAAUGUUUUGUUCUGAAAUAUAAUUUGCCCCAUCUUUGAGCAAGGCUGAGAAAUUCUGUGCAUUUUCUUUGGGGCAGAUUUUAUUCCAGCUUUAGUUUAACCCCUGCCCUGGCAGUAAUGCGUCAAUAUCAGAUCCUUUUAUGUGGAUUUUGAUUCUGAAUAAACAUACUACUUUUGUGUGUGUAUGUAUAUAUAUAAAUAUUUGUUUCUGAUUAGCUGAUAUUCUAGCUGUCAGUUUAAUUUUGUGAAAUAUGUCAAGGUAUUUUUUAAACAUCUGAAAAUGCAAUACUCUGCUUACAUUAUUAUGAGAAGUCAUGGGAGGAAAUCCUACGAAAUGAGUUGGAAAAAGAUUUGCUAUAUUAUUGAGUAUUAAUGUGUGUUUUCUCAAUAUUUUUAAUUGAGAAAAUUAUGUAAGUGGUAAUAGACAUGCUGAGAAUUGACAAGUAAGUUUGAUACUGUCUGGCUUGUAACUAAGCAGCUGCAGAACGCAAUGAAGAAUAAAGACAUUUUCCCCCUG